AUGGCGUUGCUACUGGACUUUUUCCUCGCGGGCAUCCAGCUUACACUUGGGGGCACCAUGUACUCGCGAACCCUGCCGGAGUACGAUGAAUCUUUCCAACUAGACUGCCUUCUCAAGGAGCCCGUGGUGAACUCUCCGGACGAUUGUCUGGGAUACAUUCGUUCCGACCGUUACGCUGGCAUGAUGCUGGUGUGGAGGUCCUACGUCUACCUGUCCCUCGACUACACCAAGUACUACCAGAGGCUGGUCACGAUCGAGCAGGACGGGGUGUGCUGUGGCUUCGGGCCGCCAACGCGGUGCACGGGGGAUGCUCGAGACUUUCCGAGCUAUUUCAGUGAGAACCAGGUCGGGUUCGGCACAGAUAGGAGAUACGUUUGCGGCGCAGAGAUUGGCGGGUGCAAGUACGACUAUCCGAUGGGCCAAUGCAUGGACAUCGAUGUGGACGUCUUAGAAGGCGCGAGGGGGUGCGCGUUCGAGCUUGAGAUGCACAUGACCAACAAGGUGAUUGUCCACGCCUUCUUCAUCAUGGGUCUGUCCGCCCUCAUGUUCGCGUCGAUGCUGUCGGGAUGCUGCAUGUUCUGGAAGAGGGCAUACGACGACUCCAUGCCAGACCACGUCGACAGCCACGUCCCGUGGGACCCAUUCAAGAACAAGGAUCUCCUCGGCGAGAACAAGGGGACCAAGUCAAAGCGCGCGGGGCGAGAGGGAGGGCCCGCCGCAACGCUGGAUCCGCUCGGGGUGCUCAUCAUGGGGAAGAUGCCGGGAGUCAACGAGGGAAAGAUCAUACCAAUGUAA